CUUCGCUAGAGUUUGAAAGCCUCAUGAAAAAUAUUUGUUAAUUUUUUUAAAUAUUUAGAGACUUACUAUGUUUUUUAAUCAUUGACUUAGAAAAUGCAUCGCAGUCUGUACUUGGUGACUUCGAAGUACCAGUUUGGAAAAUUCUCCACAAAUGUUUCAGCAAAUAUUUGAAGACACGACGAAAAUAAUUCUGACACCUAGUUUUUCACUUACUAUGUAUAUAUAAUAUUUUGUAGCUUCAGAAAAUACUGUCUUUGUUUAAGGAAGAUUUGAAAAUACAUUUUCUGCUACGUCUUUUAUUUUCGUCAUAAAAAUGACACUCACCUUUCUUCAUAAUAUUGUCAUACCUAUUUUUUAUGACGAGUAUUUUCGAAUAAAUACAUAUUCCAUAUGCUUAUGCAAUUAUUCUCAUUAGAAUAUUCAACUUCUGCACUUGAAUCCAUCAAUUUUGGUGGGAUUUGACUUUGCUUUUAUUUUCUUCAGUAAAUACUGAGUACAGUACAAACAACGAAAAACUUUGUCCACUGAAGUGAAACUUCUUUCAACCAUUGACCCAUUGCGUCUGUGAUAACAUUGUUGAAAAUACUCACAUGAAGUGUUUAUAGUUUUAUCCCAAAUCAUACAACACUUGCAUUAUCAGUCUAUUUUGUUACCUGUUGUGUUUAAACUAAAUGAAGAACAAAUGAGCUCCGUAAGUUCAAACUUCAAUUUCGUCCUCAGACGAAAAGACAACAAAUAUAACAGUUGUUGGAAAGAAGAAUUAUUCCUUAGCGUAAGACAUUAAGUUAAUCCAUACUAUCGCAUUGGCUAUCCUCGAGUACGAGACUCCUCCUGCCGCCAUCAUGCAGAAUCUGAUGCGCAAACAGACAUACCACGUGAGCCCCCAAGCAGCGUUAAGUUGUCCUCUAAUCUGACCUCAAGCCUGUGAAGAAGAAUUAUUCCUUAGCAUAAGACACUAAGUUAAUCCAUUCUACCGCAUUGGCUAUCCUCAAGUACGAGACUCCACCUGCCGCCAUCAUGCAGAAUCUGAUGCGCAAGCAGUAUUCGAAGAGCGAGUUGCCUGUUGGGGAGAAAAUGGAACUGAGAGAGAUGCAGGGACGUCUCAUCAUCAACAAUGGUGAUGUCAAUCCAGGCUAUGGAUCCACCAACAUCGCCUUCGACAUGGGAGACCAGAGCCCCGUCACCCAGACGAUGACCAUGGAUAUGGCUUCCACGGAAGACAAAUCAGAAUUCAAGCCAGGAGGUGAUGACACCAGAGAGUCCUGGGACAGCAAGCUGCAGUUCAUGCUGGCCACAAUCGGGUAUGCUGUUGGCCUUGGCAAUGUUUGGCGAUUUCCUUAUCUGGCACAGAAGAAUGGCGGAGGUGCCUUCCUGAUCCCAUACUUUAUCAUGUUAGCUGUGGAGGGUAUUCCUUGCUUCUACAUGGAACUUGCCGUAGGUCAGAGGCUCCGCAAAGGGGCCAUAGGUGCCUGGAACUUCGUCAGCCCAUACAUGGGAGGCAUUGGCAUUACUAGUGCCGUCGUCUCCUUCAACGUUGCCCUUUACUACAACACCAUAAUUGGAUGGUGCCUCUAUUACUUUUUCCAGAGCUUCCAGAGUCCUUUGCCAUGGGCAGCCUGUCCAAGGGAAGAAGGACCCAACAACACGUACAACUUUGUUCCAGAGUGCCAGAAGAGUAGUCCUACCGAAUAUUUUUGGUAUCGGCAAACCCUUAACAUCAGCCCAGACAUAGAAUCGCCAGAAAGGUUCAACUGGAGGAUAGCCUUAUGUCUUCUCCUUGCCUGGUUCUUCUGUUACCUUUGCAUGGCCAAGGGAAUAGCAUCUUCAGGAAAAGUGGUCUAUGUCACUGCAACUUUUCCAUAUUUGGUGCUGGUCAUUUUCUUUUUCAGAGGGAUAACGUUAGAUGGAAUGGAGAAAGGCUUGGAACAUCUAUUCACUCCCGAUUGGUCAAAAUUGGCUGAUCCUGUGGUAUGGCUGGAAGCGGGAACGCAGAUAUUCUUCUCUUUGGGGCUCGCGUUUGGCGGGCUAAUAGCCUUUUCUUCGUACAAUCCAGUUCACAACAACUGCUUCCGAGACGCAAUCACGGUCUCCUUGUGCAACUGUGGCACAUCCAUGUUCGCCGGCAUUGUGGUAUUUUCAGUCCUAGGUUUUAAGGCACAUAGCACUCAUGCCCGAUGCGAAGUAGAUCGAGACUUGCUACUACGACCUCUCUACCCGAACACAACAAUCCCACCUGUCAUACCUCCGGAAGUGAUCGCUCACUUGGCAGCAACAACCCCGAAUCUGCCCUUUGAUUUUCCGGAAUGCGAUCUCCAGAAGGAACUAGAGAAGAGUGCAUCUGGGACGGGCCUGGCCUUCAUUGCCUUCACCGAGGCCAUCAACCAGUUUCCCGGAGCCCCUUUCUGGUCGGUCCUCUUCUUCCUCAUGCUCUUCACCCUCGGCAUCGACUCGCAGUUCGGCACCCUCGAGGGGGUCAUCACAUCCAUCGUUGACAUGAAACUCUUCCCCAAUGUCAGGAAAGAAGUGCUGACCGGCAUCACUUGCAUCAUUUGUUUCUUCCUAUCACUGAUCUUCUCCCAGGGCGGUGGUAACUACAUAUUUACAUUGUUUGACAACUACAGCGGGAACUUCCCUCUGCUCAUUGUUGCUCUGUUCGAAUGCAUCGCCAUUUCUUACGUGUAUGGUCUCAAAAGAUUCAGCGACGACAUCGAGCUAAUGACAGGCAGGAGGCCCAGCUAUUACUGGCUCUUCUGCUGGAAAUACGUGGCCCCCGCCACGAUGAUUACAAUUCUGUCCGCCUCGUUCGUGCAGAUCGCCACAGAAGGCAGCGGCUACGAAGCCUGGGACAAAGAAUCGGCCACCACGAUUCGCCUUGAAUGGCCGGGCUGGUGCCACUUCCUGAUCGCUGUGCUGAUCCUGAUGUCCACCAUCUGGAUACCUCUGGUCGCCGUGUUGCGGCUGUGUGGCUUCCACGUGCUGACGGAGGAGGAGCCAUCUUGGUUCCCUGCCGAAGAGCUCAGGGACUUUCACGGAAUCAUGCCGCACAAGGUUACCGCCCUGGAGAAGUGCCUCUUUUGCAUACGCGAGGACGAACCCGACGAAAUGUGA